AUGGCUACCUCCAUCUCUGACCAACCUUCUCAGCUUGAAACAGCCGGAUCCGGCUAUUCCAAGACUUCUCGGCGACAAUAUCAGAGUUGUGAUCAAUGCCGCAAGAGCAGAAGAGCCUGUGAUGCCGCCACUUUGCGUGUAGUCAAUUUUCCUCUUGGAGACGAUGAAUCUUCGCAGCUGCAGGACUACUUGGUUGAUGCCUGUUCCAACUGUGCGAGGACAAGCAAGAAGUGCACUUUCGAAUGGCUCCGAACGCUUCCCAAACAGUCUCUUCCCAAGGGCAUCAAGCGGAAGCUCGGACUCAACGAGUCGCCUCCUCCUCCCACCGCGCAUUCAACUUCCACCGUCUCAGAGCCUGGUUACCAUUCACAUUAUCAGAACCCGGCGUCCAACACAAUUCCCCGCCCUGAGCUCAACGUGCCACCUCGGUCCCGGUUCUCUUCAUCCACGCCUGCAUCUGACCUGCAACACACUCCUUUAGAGUCCAAAGCCAGCAACUUUCCAGGCCAUGCUACAAAUCAUAAUGGAUCUGUACGAGCAUUCGGCGUUCAAUAUUCACUGUCUCAGCCUGAUGAUGAUCGCAAUUCACAGUAUUCUUCGGUCAGACCUCCAGAGAAGACGCUGAACGGCCUUGGUGGCGCAGAACAGCGGUUCAAUGGAAAUGUCGACCCUCCUGUUCUAACUCGUUAUGACACCUCCUCCUCCUCUUCAUCAGCAAGCUCCGACUCGAUCAGAUUUGGAAAUGCGGGUGCAAAACCGCAUAGUCAUCCAAGUCAAAUCUCGGUCACUUCGGAUUCGGAGCAAGAACGCCAACGGCAACAGCCUCCAUCAAAACUUGCCAGACUUACAUCUAGAGGCGUUCAGGAGACCAAGUCUACUUCCCCUAGCAUUUCUCAUUUACGCCGUGCUUCUGGCAAUCGUCAAUUCCCAUCUAAUAAACGGCAAAUUCAAGCCCCUCUUUCGCCUCGACAAGUCCGCUUCGCCGACAACGCGAUGAAGUCAAUGAUAGCCACUGGUUUACUGCGCAUCUAUCAUGAUUCAUUCGAAAACUCCUUGUCAUGUUGGGUCACUGAGAAAAACUGUCCCUACGAGACCGAACUUUCCGACCUCCUCCAGCAAGCCAGUCCCUCAUCGACGGCCGAAGAGGCUGCAUACCGCCUUGGUGACAACCGAAUUUUCUCACGUGUGUCUCGUCUUGACUCGGAAUUUUCGCCUCUUCGGGGUCGUCCAUUGACUGCCUAUGAAAAUCGAGCUGCCUCACAGGCUCUCAAUGCCGCUAUUAUGGCUUUUGCAAGUCAGUGGUCUCAUAGCUCGCAUAAUGCAUUUUGGAGGAGCAAAGAAGGCAAAUCUCAGAUCGACGCAUGGCAAGCAAAAUCCAAAGAUGGUCGGCCAUCGGGUCGUGUCGAAGAUCCAAUCAUGUCCGGAGAAUGCGAGAGGAUGAUACAACGGACCCUGUGGAACGAAGCUAAAACCGCCAUCCAGGCGAGUGGUGAGAUAGACUCUUUCAAGGUUAUUCUUGCAUAUAUGAUCUUUGCUCUCACCCAACGACCUGUGGAUCCAAAACCUAACUGGGGAUCCGCCCAGCAAAAGUCGAGGAAAGAUAGCAUUUCGACCCCCAACAGCGGUCGCGGUGGUUGGAAUGAAUCCAACUUGACUGACGCUACCCCGGAGCAGGCUUCAGACCCAGCAAUGGAUGCAGCUCUGAAUGAGGAAUGGAAUCCUUUCUAUGCAAGCGAUCUCGAGGCUCUGGCCUCGCCUCCAAUCUAUCUCGAAACUGCCGUACGCAACUUGUUCUCCUGGAGACGCAAAGUCGAGAGAUAUCGGAGGAUGCGCUCAAAAGCACAGGCAUCAGAUUCAUCAACCCCCGCAAUUGGCUCUCUCGCUCUCAAAGAUCAACAGACGUUCAACAUCUUAUUCUGGCUUGGCGUCAUGUGUGAUACCACGUCAUCAGCUAUCAGCAAGCGACCACUGGUUAUACCUGAUGAAGAUUGUGCGAUGAUCCACGAGAGUAUGGACCGCUUGAGUAUCAGUGAUGCUGAAGCCCGAUUCGGUUGGCAGCUUGGCCGCUGCAAGGAUGAUGCGGAUGAAACACAAGACGGCGCCCUCUGGGGCUCAUAUUUACUUGGCUUCAAAUAUGCAGGACCACGGUCGACACCACCUCGAUGGCCUUGCAGUUUUGAAGAUGCAGCUUUGAUCCUCCAAGAGGCAAUUCCAGUCAAGGUACUCAUGUUCCGAAAAGUCGGUCAGCUUCAAACGCUCGCCUAUCGGAGAACCGCACCCCGAAGCCUGGAGAAAUGUAUUGAGGAGGCUCUUGCUGUUUACCAACAAUGGAACUCGACUUACGGGCUAUUUAUGAUUGACUGCAUCAAUGCGCACAACAGCCUCCCUCCCCAUGUACAAUCAUGGUAUGUCAUUCUCGACGGCCAUUGGCACUAUGGCUGUCUUCUGUUGGCCGAUGCGAUUGCUUCUAUUGACAGGGAGGAAAAGACCAUGAAGCCACAGCGUGACUUACGUUUCUCCUGUGGUAUUAUUGUAGAGCUACGACAUGCUAACGCACUCGCCAUCGCAAAAAUUGCAGCUGCAUCCUUGUCCGAGCAUGCACCUUCUUUCCGUGACAACGCCGAAUUCCAUUUUGCAUGCAACGGCAGUGCGAUCCUCACUGAGCCAUGGACGGACAUCCUCGUGCGAGCCAUGGGUUCCGCUUGCAAGAUCUUCAUCAACUGGCUUGCAACAUGGGAUAAUCCAAAUGAUCCUGCCCAUGACUGGGUCACGAUCCACUUUACCUACGAUGAUCUCCGUGUUCACGCCGACACGUGUAUACAAGGAAUGAGGUUGUUGGGCCGCAAGUCGGAUGCCGCCAACUUCACAGCUUCGGUCUUUAUGGACCGUCUAAAUCGUGUGUCUUCCGGCCGACGAGAUACAUCAGCCGACCGAGAUGGCAGAUCUUGCUCCACCGAUUCUGUAGCAGCGUGCUAA